GCCGGAUGUGGUGCUAUAGUUUUCUUGACGGAAGACGGAGGUCUGAAUUGGUACUGUUGUGGUGGCAUCAUGAAGUCCGAGGGUGAUAAGGCGACGACGGAGAAGGGCAAGGUUGACGACAGAGACUUGAGGAAAUUCCAUCUCACUUCCGUUUACGAUGAACAGGGCACCGACUGGGUCGGCUCCGACAAGAAAGUCAGCCUCGACCUAGCCCUGUUCAAAGGGUACGGUCAGACGCCGUUCGGACUGCUUGUCCCGUACGACACUCCGGUCCAGGGUGUCGCUGGCGUUUUGAAGUCUUGUGGGGAAGCACGCCAAGUGCCUUCAACUUCUCAAGAACAUUCAGACGUUGUUCAGAAGGUAAUUACGUACUCCAAGCGGUCGGGGGCAGGUUCAUCAGAUAAGCCUGCGAAGAGGAACCAACUCGCCACACCUCCACCGCAACUACAGGGACCUGCUGCGACUACUGGCACUUCACGCUCGCGGCAGACGGAUCUUCAAGCCAUCGACCAACGGUCUGAGGAGCAAACGGAAAUGGAGGAGGAUGUUGGGUUCCGCGGACGGGACGUAGGGUUCUUGGAGGACUCACGACACGAGGGAGCCGUUGGAGACAUCGAAGGGAACGUGGAACUCGAACAACGUACUGGUGGCAGUGAGCGAUGUGGUGACGACUGUUCGGAUGAGGAACAGGAUACGGAAUACGGUGGCAGCGGCCGGCGCGAAGAGGAAUCUUUUGCGGGUGGCAUGGAAUGUGAAAUGGGUGCGUCGAGUGGUGGGCCACACAAUGACAGGGAACAAAGUGACCGAAUGCAGAAUGAGGAUGUGGAGGACGAUGGAGGGGAUGACGAUGUAGAAACGGGUGGAGCUUCGAAGGUUAGGGGUAAGCGGAAAGCAAAUGCAUCCCUCACACCAGCGGCGAUGAAGAAACAAGCCAGAAAAGAAGUUGUGGAUGAUGCUCGAUGUGCCUUGGAUGCAUCACAGGAAACGCUUGGCGAAGCCGCCAAAAAACGUAAAGAAGGCAGUCGUAUUCGCAAAACAUCACAACCUAAGAGGGUUGCACGCUCAUCAAGGCUUCCCAAGUCAGAUGAUUCAAGCGACGAUGCUGAAGGGGUGGGCCCUCGUCGGCCUGACCUCAUUGCCGAGGACGAAACAGAAAUGAAGAGGCCCCGUGCGGUCAACAUGACACGGUGCUUCUUUCUCGAGUAUGAUGAAGACGAGAGGAAAAGAAAAGACGUGCCAAGGGUUUGCAUAGAUGUCAUGUCAAUUCUUCCGAUUCCCGAGGGGGAAAUCACAUUCAACCAGUGGUCGCUGAACAAGGCAAUUGUUGCAGGUCUCGAUACAGCAAUUGAUAGGUUCACUGCUCAAAGGGGUGUGGAUGAUGAUGCUCUGUGGGAACCGCCGGAGUUGAUACUCGCUCCAAUUACACCUUGUGCGGAUGACCCCAAUUUCCAAGGAACACGUGUUCUUCCGCAAGACUUCGAUUGGAGGCGUGCGAAGGAAUACUUCUAUUACCCGGUUGCUAGGCAGUACACCUCAGAGGCCAUGAAAAGAGUGGCACGUCGGGGAUCUCCUGCGAGAUUAUGACCGCAUGCGUGUUGUUUAUUUUGACAACGAUCAUAAACACGGGUAUUCGUUUGUUUCGACAUACGACAACACGAGAGGUGACCGUGCCAUGUUACCGUCG